AAAGCGUACAAAACACGCUCAAAGAAGACGUUCAGUGUCGCCAGCCUGUGGUGAAGUUGGCUUAUUACUAAUAUUUUCCGGAAGUAUUUUAUUAUUUGACAAGUAUAACUUGCAAAAUAUUAAUAUGGCGUCGAAUAUAGUUCGCGAUGUAACUCUUUGUGUUAUAGCUUUAAUAAACUUCGUUUUCGUAUUUGGUACCGGUGCAGAUUUCGUUCGUUUCAUUUCUUUUCGGGCCAUUUACCACAACAUCACGGGUGGCGCAUCGCUGUGUCAAGAUGCAGUGUCGUGGUCUGUGGUUUUGCGAGACGGUGCAGUUCUGAGGGCUCUGGGUGUAGAUUUAGCACUCUUAGCUUUUUUCAGUGCCCAGCACAGCGUGCUUGCCCGGGCACCAGUGAAAACAGCCUGCCAGGCUGUACUGGGGGUCCUACACCGGGCCUUGUACUGCUUUACUACAGCACUCGCACUGCAGGUGUUAAUGCACUGCUGGCAGCCUGUGACCAGCGCCCCCUGUCUUUGGUCAGUGCGCAAUGCACCUUGGGAUAUCUGGUUUCCCCUCAUUUGCUUUACGGUGCAUUUCCUAUGCUGGGCGGUCAUCUGCAGCAUCCUGCUCAUAUUUGACUACCCAGAGCUACUGGGCCUCAAACAGGUGUAUUAUGAGUGUUUAGGACUUGGUGAUCCACUCUCUCUGAAGUCGCCCCGAGCCCAGCGUCUUUACACCCAUCUGCGUCACCCUGUCUUUGUGGAGCUGCUGCUGGUACUCUGGCUAGUGCCCACACUGUCGCUGGACAGGUGUGUGCUGGCCACGUACCUGUCCCUCUACCUGGCUCUCGCACACACGCUGGACGACCAGGACUGUGCCUACCUCAACACACAGUUCCACAGCAAGCUGCAGCUCUUCUCUAAUCGACAAGGGGGCAGUACCCAGCCUAAUAACAACAAUGAUCACAAGCAGAACUGAACUAUGUGUCAUAUGCAGUGCAUUUUAUUCAAAUAGAAUUAGUUUCAUGUUUGUGAUAAUUAAUAGAGUAUAAAAUACUAUAUCAUUAUUUUUGAAAAUGUGGAGAAUGUGUUUUUACAGAUUAAGAGGUAUUUACAGAUGCCACAGAGGCUGAAGAAGUAUAUCAAGUGGUUCUUGAUUGUGUAAUAGAGGUCAAAGGUCAGUAGGACAGGUGAAAGGUUGUUAGAUGAUAACAACAAACAAUAAAAGCAACAAACAACAAAACAGCCACAGAGUACACAAACACAGUUGAUAUGGCUUAUAUUCUUACUUUACAUUAGCAUGGUUCAUAAAAGGCAUACGAUAUUCUACAAGGUGGCAAAAUUUCAUUUGAUAAUUUUAUACUUUCUUUACUUACUUUACUCUUGUAUUCUUAUUGCAGUGUUCCAGGCUUUUACGUUUUGAAGCGUUACUCAGGCAUUAGUAGGCCCAGAGGUGCUCUACCCACCGCAGUUGAAAAAGUUGAAAGAUGUCUAAUUCCCCCCAAUAAUCACAUAAUGGGAAAUGAUGAAUAACUUCUCCACUGGGACAUUUUCCUAAUGGUGGUGACCAUUUGCAGUAAAAAAGAUUGCAAGACUUAACACCUCUAGGGGGCAGCACAUCUAUUUGCAGUCUAUUGUAUAUCUAAACGUAUGUGUGCUCUUAUUUAGUAAAGCAUUUGAUUUCUACGUUCAUUGCA